AUUCCAACAAAAAAUGUCACUAGAUCAGAUUUCAUAACCUAAAAGAUAUUAAAAAAAGAUGUUUUUUUUCUUUUAAUUUUUUGGGGCGUUUUAUGAUGUUUUAUCGCAAUGUGUGGGUAUUAUGAGACGAAAAAUGUUGUUAAGAACCCAAACGACGGGUUUACUCGUCGGUUUGGUGGUUUUUAUGUUUUUAGUGACAGUUUUUUUAAGUUUUUUAUUGUUAAACAAAGAUUUAAAGUGCAUAAACCCGACUUAUAACCCAUCAUUAAAGCAAAUUAGUGAAUCCUGCGAUAUAAAUUAUGAUCAAGAGCAUACGUUAGCUGUAUUAGUGCCAUAUAGGGAUCGUUUUGAAGAACUCCUUGAAUUUGCUCCGUACAUUCACGAUUUUUUAAAUCGCCAAAGAAUUAAACACGACAUUUUUAUUUUAAAUCAAGUAGACAAAUACCGAUUUAAUCGAGCCUCAUUAAUCAACGUUGGUUUUCUUUACACUAAAUCCACCCAUGAUUAUGUAGCAAUGCAUGAUGUCGAUUUACUCCCAUUAAAUGACCAAUUAUCCUAUGCAUAUCCCUUGAAUGGACCUUUUCACGUUUCGGCUCCAUAUUUACAUCCUAAAUAUAAUUAUACAGACUUUGUUGGUGGAAUUUUAUUAUUAACAAGAGAACAUUUUGAGUUAGUUAAUGGCAUGUCAAAUAAAUAUUGGGGUUGGGGAUUGGAAGACGACGAGUUUUUUGUGAGACUAAAAGAAGUAAAAUUAACAGUUUCAAGACCAAAAAACAUAACGACCGAUAGAACAAAUAGUUUUCGACAUAUUCAUGCAAAAUCGAGGCGAAGAGACACAGUGAAAUGUUUUAAUCAAAGGGAAGUAACGAGGAGGAGAGAUCGCGAAACUGGUGUGAAUAAUGUUAAAUAUACGAUUGUAAGUGAGAAGAGUGUAAGUAUUGAAGGGGCGCCGGUUAAUGUUGUUAGUAUUCAGUUGAGUUGUGAUAAAAAUGUUACUCCUUGGUGUGAUUGUAGCAAAAAAUGAUUUUUUUUUAAUAAAAACAAAUAUAGA